UGUACCUGGCAGAUAGUGAGAAAAAGUAUGAGUUUAAGAACUGAUGGAGAAUUCUACAUUGGAGGAACAUGCUACAAUAUCCAGCGUAGUUCCUGCAGACUUUGAUGGUGACCUGCAGAUGGACCUCCUGAUCACUUCAACAAUUCCUGGAAAAGAAAACAGCGCUGUUACUUGUAGGAUUUACUGGGGCGAUGAAGGAAACUUAGACACAGAAAACUACCUUGCAUUACCAAAGAUGGUCGACCAGCCUUUGGUUUUUGAUUAUAAUGCAGACAUGAUACCAGACCUCUUGGGAGAGGUAGAGAAAAGAAAGAGAAUGAUUUGGGAAAUCCCACCUGUCAAGUAUGGUGACCAAAAACCAAACUCACAUGACUUCUUCCCACCUCGUGGUGACAGGUUUGAUCCCCAGUGUGGGAGCAUUCUUAAGAUCCUCAUAAACUACACAAAUUUGAACACAAAGGGUCAGCCUGUGAUUGGUGCUACUGAACAUGACUUUGUUGAUGAUGCCUGCUUUAUGAAGGUCACAGUUGUCAGUGGUAGAUGUAACUAUGAUUGCCCAGAUAAUAGAAAGCCCUAUGGUGUGAACCAGCCCGGCCCUACCAUACGUUACAAAACUAUAGAUGUGAAGGGUAAAAAUCAGGAGAAAGUUGCCUACCAGUUAUCCCUGUCAGCAUACCUCCCCUUACAACUGCCAUACAACGUGUUUGGUCUGGGACAGGCGCCAAACUUUGUGGACUCCUUGCAAGUUGGCAUUGCCACAAACACUACAAAGCAGCUCAAUCAUGAAUUCCAGUCGGUGAUUCCCAACUCUCAGCUUGUUAUCAUUCCAUACCCCAUACAGGACCCAUCAAAUUUAGCAUAUUUCUGUUUCCUAUUCUUGUUCAAGACUGCUGACUAUGAAGUAUGGAGCAGUAAGCUGUUUGUAAUGCCAAGUCAUCUCAUGUUGCUCACUGGGGCAGCAUUGCUGGGUACGUGUGGCUUCAUAGCUGGCAUUGUUGCUAUACUCCACUGGAGGGAUCGGGUUGAAGACAGAAAAGAGAAGCGUCAAUAAGCACAGAAAUUCCACUUUGAUGCCAUGUGAUGUACACAGUGAUAUUUAGAUCUGAACUGUUAACGAAUAUUUGUAAAUAACUUCAUGUUUUAUCAUUGAUUAUGCCAAAUGGUGUGAUUACCUUAUAAUUAUCAUUCUGUUCAAAAAUAUUCUAUCGUUAUGUCCAUUUAUUUAUUUAUUAUGAUCAACAUUUUGUUUGCAUGUAUGUGAAUGAAUGAUAAAAAUAAUAAUGUUAUAUGCUAAUAA